ACGCCAUCACUUCAUCGACAAUGACCCCCCUCGAAAUCGACGUAGCAAGCACCAGCUCAGCCCUCCACCACUCAUCAUCUCAGCAACCGCCCACCAAGUCCCCACCGCGCGAAGCCUCAACCCCCACAACACAAUCAAACAAAGCACCCCACUCCGCGCAGCACUCAAAUCCCAUUCCCCACAAGACAAAAGCACAGGCCCGACGCCGCAAUCGUGCAGACUCAAUGGGCACGCCGAGCGUGAACAACCACACCAACAGCACGAACUUCGCCACGACGUACUCCGGAAUUCAACAUCAAGUUUAGUAGCUUUGACGCGUUGCGACGCAGAUUUCUGGGAUGGAAAAUGUGCGUUGGGGGCGGUUAUGGACGGGACGCUCGAGGAAAGUCAAGGCGUGGCGAGGAAGCGAGGGUGCAGUCCAGCGGGCGGGGGACUAUGCGGAGGUUUCUAUGGGGAAUCUUAGAGAGAGAGAAAGAGUACGCGGGCGCAGCUGCACAGCAAUCAGAAACCGAAGAUUAUUAGCAUGCC